AUGAAUGGUGAUGAACCCAAUCCCACACAUAUAAUGAUCAACGGAACGACUCCACCCAACAUGACACUGAAGCCAACAAUAUCAUUCGCCGGUGCCAAGUACAUCCAAUUCUAUCUCUCUGGCAUCACACCACAAGCAGAUCCAAUCUACCUCAAUGGAUCUGUCAACAUGGGUAUCGUCACGGUCUUAUUCACCUGGGAGAUGUACAUUGCUUGUCCACCCCCACCUCCAUUGAUCAUCAACUUGUUCAGUGGACCAUUCGUGAGGAAUAGGGUGGAGCCAGUGUUGGCUCAACAACCAGACAAGUCUGAUGUGUUCCAGUCUAUUGUGGAGGUCAACGAUACAUUGAAUGGAAUGUAUGGUAAUUAUUUAUGUAGCUCAAAAGGCUAUAUAUGCUCAUCUGUGCCAAUGAGACAGACCAAACACCAGACUAUCCUGCUCCAAAUGUCCAUCUAUCCACUGCCCAUCAUUGCUGGCAGCGAGAACUUCACUGAACCCAUCAACAUCACUGUCACCAACACUGGACGUACUACAUACGUCAUCUUCCCGCCACUGGUCACCAACACAACGGUCAAGACCAGGGCCAUGGUCAUCUUUGAUUACACACGUCCGACUGGAGUGGUGCCCUCACGUGUCAAUCCCAACUAUGCAGCAUUGAUCAACUCCAAUUCACCCGAGGCCAUCUACUUUGUCUAUCCCAACGUAUCAUUUACAAACGAUCUACUGUUCUAUCCCAAGGCGAUCAAGCCUGCGAUGACCUUGCCAAAUGGAGACACGCUGAACCUCAUCCUAGCUGGCAUUGAAUAUCAAGCCAUUCGACUAUAUGAGGCUCUGGACAAUGCCCGCAACAUCAACAAUGUAACCCUCAGUGUUCCACCGUAUGUUAUUCCAACUUCAGCAUUAUUGGCGCAGACCACACCUUGGGCAAAUGGCAUACAGUUUAGAACAACAUUCGUGUUACCAAGCUAUCGCAAAUGUUCAUACAACUACGGUCCACAACUCCCAACGAACGACAAUUCAUUUGCUUUCCCAUUUGGCGUACAGAGAGUAGCAUCAGGUGGCAACGUCUCAAUGUCAUUCACAUUCUACAUCAAUGGAUACGAAGCCGUUGGCACCAUCCUAAGCUUGGACUGUUACUUUGGUGAUAUCCGAUUAUCAACGCCGGGUCCAAUCAAUCAAACUGACAAAGGGGCACCUGUUAUUAUAUCAUUUGAAAUUGGACAAAUUGGUGGCAAUAUGUUCUUGUUGCGAGCACAUAUUACUGAUGACUUGAGUGGCUUUGCCAGGUUGUUUGUAUACUUUGCAAGUGGAGAGUUGUUGGACAUCAACUACCUCGACCUCUACAGUGGUACAUCACAAGAUGGCUACUAUGAGAAGUUGUUUAUACUCAACAAUCAAACAGUAACCACACCAAAGUACAGUAUAUUCAUCAUUGACUUUGCUGAUAAUGUCGAUCAAAUCGAUACCUACUCCAACUCACUCUCUGGCACACCCUCCACAAUGUACACGGCCAGCUAUAUUAUUGGCGCCGAAGACUUGACUGUAUUCUACUUUGAUCAGUAUGUGAUGGAUGUUAGCAACACAUCUUUAAAGAAUAAGGUGUAUUUGAGAUCACCAAAGAUAAAGAAGGACAGUAGGGUAUCAAUCAACUUUGGAUCAAUCGAUGAGAAUCCAAACUAUGAAGCAAUUGGAAAGUAUGACAUUGGUUUAGACAUGUUUGUAAUCGAGUUCACUAUACCAGUUCGCACGAUGACCCGCCAGCUCCAAUACUACAUCAUUAUCAACCCAUUCUGGAACAACCUACUCAAGAAAUAUGUUGCAAGUCUACCUAGCACAAUUGACAGCUACGUCAUCUAUCACGACCUCCUCAUCAAACAAUUCCCCAACACAUCAAUCAUCAACAUCAUUUCCAAAAAUGGAGAUGAAAUGCCUCCAAUGAUAACAAAGAUUGCUGCAUAUCCAAGUACGGCGCCAGUGAUGACAGUGGCAGGUCAGAUGGAGAUUGGCUGGAACUUUAUCAUUGAGGACCUGUUGAAUGGAUUUGAUCAUGGUGUGAUGAAUGUCAUCAGUGAUCUGGAUGGCCUCGAGCGUACAUUCACAUUCACCUCGGAUGAUCGUUUAAGUGGAACGCCACAGGGAGGCUGGUAUCAGAUACGAUUCAAUGUCUCAUCAGACAUGGGCAAUCAAACAUUCACAUUCCUCAACAUUGAACUAUUCGACACUGGAAUGAAUCGUGCCUACUACCAUACCGAUACCCAGUACCUCACCACUGUCUCGCCAAUUGCCUACGUCCUAUUCAAUGGUACCAUGACCAAUGAGUUGAACAUGAAGUUGACAACAUCAUCACAAGACUUUACCGAACCAACUGUGUGGACUGUGUCUGUUACUACCCCAUAUGUGGAUGUUGGAUCACAUCAACGAUUGGUUACCAUAUACUUCACUGUGAGGGAGGCAGGUGGAAUGAGCCCCCGCCACACUCCUUAUGUCUACCUGACAGGAUAUAUGUUUGAACUAUUCCAAAUUCAAGCGGAACAGCUCAAUCGAUCCGGCGACCUAUACACCUACAUGGCCAGCGCACAGCUACCCUAUGCUUACGGAUCGACAUCAUGUCGCCUGAGCAAUGACACUGCCACCACAUCAUACCUAUUCGUGUCCAUCUACGGCCUGGUGGAUGUGGCACAAAACACGAGAGGAUACAGUACUGAAGAAUUGUUUUAUAAUGGAAUGGUAGACAGGGUGGUCCAAGUCCAGUACAAUCAUCUCACACCAAUCAUUGAGACAUACAUGAUGAGUCCAGUCGACGACUCUGUGGUCACACUCAUUGGCAAGAACUUUGGGUCGGAUUGUGUGAUGCUGGAGACGAGUGGACGCACCAAUGUGACGAUAAGAUUCGUCAAACUCUCUAGCUCGGUGGUAUAUGCUGUGUACCGCAUCAAGGUGAUCUCGGACAACCCGCUCACAAGCCCACUGUUGUUGACGGUCCAGAUCAAAAACCAACCAGAGUACUACUCAAACACUGUGCCAAUCACAUUCAAUCCACCUCCAGUCAUACCAACAGUCAAGUGUCCAGGCACACCACCCUGCUCCAACAAUGGAGAAUGCUCGACCACCUUUGGAUGCCAAUGCUACGGCACCUGGUACGGAGAUGAUUGUUCAUCGCAGGCUGUUCCAAAUGUUCCAGUGAUCAAUCCUGAUACACCAACAACAGUGUAUACAUUCAAUACGAGUGGAAUGACGAUUGUUGGUGAGAUUGAGAUUGUGAGAGUGAGAGUGUUGGAUCAACUUGGUGCAGAGUUGGCAUCAUAUCCACUUGGACAAUGGAACACGACAAUCACAUCCAAUCAAUCAUACGAUUACUUGUCAAUGUUUGGAAGCGAUGUCGACAACAUGGGCAUGAUCAAGGUGAAUGUACGAUGGUUCACGGACGACUACAACAUUUCAUUCGCCGGUGAUAUACUCCCAAUGAAGAAGAACACGAUCAAGUACACCAUCACACUGUCCAACUACGCAUUCCCUAGCAAGUUGGAUUCAAUGCAAGUUGUUAUGCGAGCCACCAUCAACACGACCGAUGCCAACUCAUGCUCCGCCGAACAAUAUGGAUACACUGAAGGCGCCGAUGGCAACAAGGACAACCUGUUCUGGAUGCGUGUCAAGGUGCAGAGUUACAGUGUGUACGGCCACUUCAUCCAGAAGGCAAUGGUCGAUGGCAGAGUGUCAGCUGUGUCCAACGUGCUGCUCAACGACACUGUUCAGACUGUGAACGACACUCAAUCAUCACAAACACUGAUUGGCAUCAAUGUGCAGAGCUUCACCCAACAAGCUGUGAUGGACCCUGACUUCCAACUGUUGCUAGACACUGAUGAUGCUUCCACUGUGGACGGUGCUGUCUGUUCCAAAGGUGGCAAAGGUAGAUCCAAACUAUCAACACUGGCCAUAGUUGGAAUCGUUGUACUAUCAGUUGUAAUUGUAGCUGCCAUUGCCGUUGGCGUUGCCAUGAGGAUGAGAGUGGUGCGUAGAGAAAGACAUGAAGUGAACCGCAUCAACAUGAAGAUGAACCGCCUUUCCGAAUCAGUGGAGAGCAACAACAACAGCAAUCUCAAGACAAGCAAAUCAUCACUUAUAACUAAUUAG